CCCCCUAAUCCUCCAUUGCCUCGGUCGCGAGGAAGUUCUUGCACUUGCACCCACAACUUUGGACAGCGAAGUGAGAGGGUUCUUGGAAGUUGGAAGAGCCAUGGUUCGUUGUGCUGCUGCCAUGGAGGGAGGUCUGGUGGCGGCGGCUGCCGCUUCCGGCGGAGGAGGAGAGGGAGGAGGGAGGGCGGAGCCGGCGGGGCUGCCUUGCCCGCGCUGCGAGUCCACCGACACCAAGUUCUGCUACUACAACAACUACAACAUGGCGCAGCCGCGGCACUUCUGCAAGGGCUGCCGCCGCUACUGGACGCGCGGGGGCGCGCUCCGCAACGUCCCCGUCGGCGGCGGCACGCGCAAGGCAACCCCCGCCGGUCGCCGCAAGCGCGGCUCACCGGCCGCGCUCGCGCCCUCGCCCUCGCCCGCGCCGGCCCUGUCGUCGCCGCUGGCAGUAGUGGAUCCCAACCGCCGGCUGCUCGACCUCGGCGGCUGUUUCACCUCUCUGCUCGCGCCCGCGCCCGCGCCAAACGGCCACUUCUCCGCCCGGUUCUUGGUGGGCGGGCUCGCACCGGUGGUGCCUCCUGCUUCUGCUCCUGGCCUGCCGCUGCCGCAGUCGCCGGUCUCCCAGGCGUUGCCAGAGGCCCUGAUCUGGAGCAUGGGGUGGCCGGACCUGUCCAUCUAGGAGCUCUCUCCAGCGCG